AUGAAUUCUUUGCCCGCACCCUGCCAGGUAUUCUCGACGCCAGAACUUUUAGAGGAGAUCCUUCUCUGCGUGGACGAUAUCGGCACUCUCGUUGCUUCCGUCCCCUUGGUCUGCAAAGCCUGGAAUCAGCAUGUCAGCGAGUCUCCCGCACUCCAGCGUGCCUUGUUUUUCCUGCCUGACAAUUCCAAAGCAUUGUCAGACGAGGAUGCAGAGGCCGACUUCGUCGUUAACCCAUUGUUGCGCAAACAUUUUGGCGCUCUGAUAAGCGAGCCUACGGAAUUCGACCCAGACGUGCCCUGGACGAGACAAAGCCGGGCUGCGAGAGAAGGCUUCGACAUCAAGGAGGUGAAGAAAAUGCGCCUCAGCAUCACACGUGGUGAUGGAAACCAACCAGACAAGCGGUUUGCCUGCAAGGAGGCCAGUUGGCGGCGCAUGCUUAUCUCACAACCACCAAUUCGCACGGUCGGCUAUUUGCCCAUCAACCGUGCUUUCGACCAAGUGACCCAUCCUCUGGAGCGAAUCAACCUGCCGGAAGGGUUACGCAUGGGCCAACUGUGGGAUACCAUCUAUCACGCUCUCUGGACUUCUCACCAAGACGACGUUGAAAGACGCACAAUAAGAAUGACAUGGAGAUUGGGCACCGGGUCUCGUCUCCGCUGGUCGAGAACCAUUGGUUCUUUGUCAAGGGUACCAUCCUCCCUCACCGAUGUCGAUCUCUUUUUCCAGACAAUCGAAUUCAAUCUCUGGCCAACUGAUGAAGAGGCUCACCGGCCAAGCCGACGAAAAGAAAAAGCCAAAUGGGAUAGGUGGCAGUCGUAUGAUCGGAGUAGGUUCUACAGCGAAGGGUACGAUGAACAGCGUGUUUUCCCGAACGAAACUCAAGGCAAGGAGUAUUUUGAAGAGUGGUACCAAGACUUCAACCAACCGAGGGACACCAUUUGA